GUCGUCCUUUUUCUCUUUCCAACAGCCACCUGGUCUUUCUGCUUGUCUUCCUCCUGCUUGUCUUGCGUCUCGUCUCGCCCUAUUGUUCCUAGUUUCGUCUCCUUCGUACCAGUAAUCCAACAUGAGCUCUCACGAUAACGAGGAACUUAUCGACUACGAGGAUGAACACGACAUUGUCGCCAAUGGUGCCGCAGCGCCUGCAGCGACUAACGGGGCUGUUGCCACCACAGCACCUGCAGUUGACGGCGAGGGCGAUAAGGACAAGAAAAACUUUUCGGGCAUCCAUUCUACUGGAUUCAGAGAUUUCUUGUUGAAGCCCGAGUUGUUGCGUGCCAUUAGUGACCUUGGUUUCGAACAUCCUUCAGAAGUCCAACAAGAAUGUAUCCCUCAAGCUGUCCUUGGAAUGGAUGUCCUUUGUCAAGCAAAGUCCGGUCACGGAAAGACCGCUGUGUUCGUCUUGGCGACCCUCCAACAACUUGAGCCUGUGGAUGGCGAAGUCUCCGUUCUCGUGCUGUGCCACACGCGAGAACUGGCUUUCCAGAUCAAAAACGAGUAUACCCGAUUUGCCAAGUACAUGCCUGAUGUUCGUGUCAGCACCUUCUAUGGCGGUACCCCCGUCUCCAAGGAUGCUGAGCUGCUCCGAGACAAGAACAAGUGCCCACACAUUGUUGUCGCCACCCCUGGUCGCCUCAACGCCCUGGCCAGAGAUAAAGUACUGGACGCCUCAAAAGUCAAACAUUUCGUCCUGGACGAGUGCGAUAAGAUGCUCGAACAGCUUGACAUGCGUCGCGACGUUCAAGAUAUAUUCCGCGUCACCCCCCACCACAAGCAAGUUAUGAUGUUCAGCGCGACGUUGGCAAAGGAGAUUCGGGUGACUUGCAAGAAAUUCAUGACAAAUCCUCUCGAAAUCUUCGUUGACGACGAGACAAAGCUCACACUUCAUGGCCUCCAGCAACACUACGUGAAGUUGGAGGAGGUCGGCAAGAACAGAAAAUUGAACGAGCUUUUGGAUACAUUGGAAUUCAACCAGGUCGUCAUCUUUGUGAAGUCGGUUGCUCGCGCGAUCGAGCUCGACAAGUUGCUUGUCUCGUGCAACUUCCCAAGUAUCAGCAUUCAUUCUGGCCUCGCUCAGGAAGAGCGUAUCAGCCGAUAUACUGCAUUCAAGGCGUUCGAGAAGCGAAUCCUUGUCGCCACUGAUAUCUUUGGCCGUGGUAUCGAUGUAGAGCGGGUGAACAUUGUGAUCAACUAUGACUGUCCACCAGAUGCCGACAGCUACCUGCAUCGUGUCGGUCGUGCCGGACGGUUCGGUACAAAGGGUCUUGCGAUCACGUUUGUAUCCUCGGAGAGCGAUCAGCAGGUGAUGUCUGCGAUUCAGUCGAGGUUUGAAGUGGCGGUGCCAGAGUUGCCUGACCACAUUGACCCUGCAAGCUACAUGACGUCCUAAUGGUUGGAUACUACUUUCCUGUUCUUUCUGCUGUGGUAGAUUACUGUUUGUCGCAUCUGUAACUAUAAGCCGUUUGUGUGUUAUGAACAUUAUCCCCGCUCUUUGAAUGUGAGGCUACCCACUGGCACUGGCUAGGGUAUAUAGUAAG